UCCAUGCAGCUGAACCCUCUCCGGUCGGCCCGUGCAGCUCCGGGCUCCGGAUUCCGUUUCACGGCAUUCAUGGAGCCGAACCCUCCGCUGUCUGCUCCUCUUUAACGGGCUGCAGAGGCUGAACCACCGCGGGACACAAACCUGGAACUUUUUCAUUUUUCUUCCGCCCCUGCGUCAUGGCUUUUGGCACCAACACCAAAACGGGCUUCUCCGUGCGAGACAUCCUGGAUCUCCCGGACCCGAGCGGGGGAUGCGGCUCCUGGACCGAGGACACCGAGGAGGCCCCCGCGGAGGUUCCAGGCUCUGAACACGGGCAGAAAUUGGGAUCUAGCGGCCGGAGUUUGUGCGGACGCGGCCGCGGAAGUCUCGGCAGGUGGAGCCGCGGAUCCGGUAACCUGCACUUCUCACUACACGGGUUUUCCUUAGAGACCCGGAACGAGCCCAAAUCUCCAGAGCUCUACACGGACGAGUCCCCGGAUGCGGAGCGGCAUCCUGCGGGCGGCGCGCCGCAGAAGAGCCGCGGCAGGAAGCGGCGGGUGCUCUUCUCCAAGGCGCAGACCUUCGAGCUGGAGCGCCGCUUCCGACAGCAGCGCUACCUGUCCGCGCCGGAGCGGGAGCACCUGGCCGGGCUGGUCCGCCUCACCCCGAACCAGGUGAAGAUCUGGUUCCAGAACCACCGCUACAAGAUGAAGCGGGCCGAGCACAGCCUGGAGGCGCUGCAGCUGCUGCCGGCGCGCCGGGUCGCCAUCCCGCUCCUGGUGCGGGACUGGAAGCCCUGUGAGCGAAUCACAGCGCAGGACCUGGAGGUGACGCUCAGGUCCGGCCUCAGCCUGCCUCUGUGUGCCUACUCCCCGCUGCUGCACCCCGCAUACGGCCCGGAGCACCCCGGGCUGCCGCAGCAGCAUCCAGGAGUCCAGCAGCUGGCGCACAUGUACCACUGGAGCUGGUGAGGCCCGAGACAAAACUUUAACUGAGGGACACAAUUCCUAAAACACUAAAAGUCCACGUUAUACGCUCGUGUUCGGCAUUUAAAGUAUUAUUUAAAUUUGCCGAAUAGCCCCCAUUAAAAUAAAAAUGCCAAUAUUCAAAAAGUGAGAAAGUUCCGUCAUUUUUUAAAUGCAGUUUGGUUUAGUUCAGGAUUUGUUUUCCCAGAAAGUAUUUUCCAGUAAGAAUGAGUGUCUUGAAACGGGAGGAAGUGAGAACAUUUGAAUUGUUCAGAUUUCGGUCUUUCUAAUUCAAAUAACCUGAGAAAGAGAGAACUCCCUUUGAAAUCCUCCUUUCCUCUGAUACAGGCUGGAAAAUGGAUUUUCAUUCUUAUCCUCAUCACAGAUGAUAGAUCAUAAAUACGUGGAUACAAAAGAGUGAAGCCGAGCUGAUCAUAAAACAGAUCAAACCAAACGGUUUGUUUUUGCUGUUGUUGUGUUUUUCUGCCAAAGUGUCACUUUUAUGUGUUUUAUAAAUCUAUUUAUAAUGUUGAGUGUUGACUUGUUUUGUAAUGAACUGGAUAUUUAUAAAAGGUGAAUAAAAGAUGGAGCUGG